AUGGAACGCUUCCCCAAAUUGACUAAACCUAUUCAGGAGAUCAACCUAAUGACACAUCGUAUGGCUCAUCACAUAGCCACUAAAGAACCACCAGUCACGGCAGGACCUCGCCGACUGGCGCCGGACAAAUUAGAUUUCCUAAACGUGAGUUCGACACUUUGCUUGCAAAACGCAUUGUUCCUCCUACUCACAGUCCAAUGGCCUCUGCUUUACACAAGGUUCUUGAAAAAGACGGCAUUAGCUGGCGACCAUGUGGUGAUUAUCGAGUUUAUUGAUCGAUCUGUGANAUAA